AUGCCUGCGGCGGUUCUCGCCCCGCUCGCAGUGCUCGCCUCGCUCAUUACGCCGCCGCUGGCACCACCGAAGCAGCAGCUCUCGCGGCAGUUUCAGUUCGAACGACGCGACCUCGCUGCCCUCGCCGCCGCCGCCAUGCUCAGGAGCAGUCCCGCCGCUGCCGAGGACGCGCCUCUGGCGGUUGCGUACCUGUCCGCGGGCGACACACGCCUGCUUCAGCCCGCAAUCGACGCCAUCAAGUACCUGGGCGUCGUGAAGACGACCGCGGGGAGCCUGGCGCGCGACGGCGAGGCGGUCCCUGCGCUAAAGGUCGAGUACGUUCCGCAGAAGCUGCCGUUCAAGAAGCUGUUGGGCGUGUUUUGGCGGGAGCACGACCCGACGGCCACCGCCGAGGAGGGCCAGUUUGGCGAGACGAAGGACGGCCGUGUUCCCGGCCCGGCGGUGAUAUGGGCUUCCGACGUGGCGGAGCAGAGCGCCGCAGAGCGUGGGCGGACGCUGCUGCAGCAGUCGGGCCUCUUCCGGACGGGCAAGGAGCAGUUUGGCGACCUGGUCAAGCCGAUCGCCACCGAGGUGCGCAGGCUCGACGGGUGGCAGUGGGCGGAGGCACCAGACGAGCUGCAGGGCUGGUACCUCUCCAACGAGGGCGCGUACAAGAAACUCCGCUUGAGGCGAGACAAGUUCCUGCAGGACACGUUCAAGCCGUACAAGACGACCGAGUGCCGCCAGGUGGACGAGUCGGCCAGCGGAGGCCCGAAGGGGGUUAUUUGCGGCUUUGUGAUCUUCCCUUGCUCCGACGACAACGGCUGCCGCGCCGUCACGCAGGGCGCCUACUAA